GUAAUGCGCAUCUUCUUUGUGCUCGCCGCCGCUAAGCUGCAGCGAAGAAGAAGCAGCGCGUGUCAGGGUGACACGGAGGAAGAUGGCGGCCGUGGUGGACAGAGUUGAUGUUAGCUCCUUGGACUCGGAUUCGCCCAGACUCAGCACUCCUCCGCCGGACCAGCCGCACCAGAACAACCCGCUCCUCGGGCUGCCCAUCGUGGCCAUCGAGACCAUUCUCAAUUUUCUGUCUUACGACGAAAUAAGCGUGCUGCGCUCGGUGUGUAAGCGCAUGGACAUGAUCUGUCAGCGUGUCCUGAAUCAAGGCUUCCUGAAGGUGGAGCGUUACCACAGCCUGUGUCAGAGACAAGUCAAAGCCCAGCUGCCCAGGCGAGAGUCGGAGAGGAGAAACCAUUCGCUGGCUCGCCAUGCCGAUAUCCUGGCUGCCGUGGAAACGCGCCUUUCCUUGCUCAACAUGACCUUCAUGAAAUACGUCGACUCCAAUCUCUGCUGCUUCAUCCCUGGAAAGGUGAUUGAUGAGAUUUACCGUGUGCUGCGUUACGUGAACUCCACUCGGGCUCCUCAGCGGGCUCACGAGGUUCUGCAGGAGUUGAGGGACAUCUCCUCCAUGGCCAUGGAGUACUUUGAUGAGAAGAUCGUCCCCAUCCUGAAGAAGAAGUUGCCGGGAGCCGACCUGUCCGGGCGCCUCAUUGGCUCUGCACCAGUGGCUGGUCCUUCUACUUCCCUAACCACUAUGUCCCUGCUGGCUAAAAACACACCAUCACGCUCUGAGAUGACCAAGGUCCAGCAGCAGGUUAAGGUGAACGGGGCGUCGAUGACGGUAAUGCGGCGGGAGAUGCAGGAGAUUCGUGUCAAGCAGCUGGAGCAGCAGAAGCAGCUGCAGGAUCAGGAACAGAAGCUGCUGGAACAGACCCAGGUGAUCGCCGAGCAGAACACCCGCUUGGCUGAGCUAGAGCACAAGCUCCGUGAACUGAUGGAGAGCAGCGCCGCCGCUAUGGGCGGGUCGAGGCCUGACGCGGCUGUACCCUCGACAUCCGCCUCUGCUACUGUGUCUUCCACCGUCAGCACCACGUCCUGUUCGGUGUCGGUGAGCGUUGGUGUCACCGCAGCCUCUCUGCCUCUGGAGUCCGGGGACGAGGGAGGGCCCUCACUGAAACGCACCAGAAAGAGUGCGGACCUUCCGCGACAGUCCAAACGGCUGCGCAGCAAGAAAUGAGGGACUGUGUUUGGUUUUGUUUUCAGUCGGACGCUUGACACUUUACCCCUGCAUCGUCCCGGCGCCUGAACCCCUCCUCUAAGCUUUGCCCCUCCCACCUACCAUGUUCUAAGUCGGUUCCUUGUCGUGGACUUUGACUUGGACCUGACCACAGUUGUGUUUAAUGCUGUCGAGCCCGGAAUGGCAUCAGAGGUUUGCAGGACACUGACCAAGUUACCGUUGAGAUGUUUGUCAGGCCCUCAGCCGAAUCGAUGUCACUCACCCACUCGUCGACCUGCGGGGGACAAGUGAAGGACAAACGCUUGUUAUCAUGCUGAAAUUUUAAAAUUUGGUUUAUUAAAAACAAACUUUGGAUGAUCUGUGAAUUUGAUCGAUCCCAUAAAUUUUCCUCCUGCAGGCUGUAAGAGCGUAACCAACGGGUCCCGACAGGUCCUGGGUCCGAUGGGGCUGGGUCCCGACAGGUCCAGAUCCAUCCAACAUGUGAGGUUACACCGCGAGCAGUUUCAGUGUCCAGUGUUUUGUCCACCCUAAAUUUGUUUGCAUAGACUUUUUGUGUACCAGAAGGUUUUUGGGUGCAUCACCUCAGAGGUCAAGUCUUGGCCACAGAGUUUGGAUCUCGAUCACCUUUGACCUUUUUACUGGUGAUCAAAAUAACCCCCGCAAUAUUCCAGAUGAUAAUUUAGUCUGUGAUGCAACAGGACACAGUCGGGUCAUAAAUCUGGGCUGCGUCGAACCCUCGUCACGACUUUGAAGAUGUUUUUGUUGCAUCAGGACGUGAUCAUGGAGCUUCAACAAAAUGCUCAGACCAAACAGAAUUUUAACUUUUUAGCUUUGUCUUAACUUUCUGUUACUGAAGCUGGCAGUGUGUUGGUCUUCACGUUCCCAUGUAUCAAACUUCUCUUUCUUUCUUUGUUUUGUCAUCGAUUCUUUCGAACAUGCUUCUUUUCUUCCGUUCAGUGCAAUAAAUACGUGUCAAAGGUCGGCGUGUGGUUUGUGAUCGUCACCUGCAGUCUGCUGAUUUGUUAAGUAAACGAGAGAAACGUGUUUUGAGGCAUUCGUGAACAUGCCUGUGAUGUCACAGGACCACCUGCUGGUGAGUGGGUGUACGAAGUGCCUCAGUAUCUAAAUGGGCUGCGUUUGUGUUAGUUUUCUAUCUACGUAAAGCAGAUGCUCAAAGCUCGCUCACCCGUUAAUGCGCUCACGGGGGUCAGCGCAGAGGCACGCGGCCACAUGCCGGCGGCAGCCUGAGCCGGAGAAACGCUGUCUGCCUGCAGUGUUCUCUAUCUGAUUUAAGAGUCAAACCUACAACCUUCUUGUCACAAGUCCUACUUAGGUUUGGCUUUGGCUCCACCCCUGGGA